GCUACUGCCAGCUGAUCUGCGAUCUUGAACUGUCCUGCUCUCUCGCUCUUGUUAUCAAAAGAAAACAAAACAGCUUAACAGAAAAUAAAAGUUGCGGCAGAUGCGCAUUUGAAGCCAAUCAAGUGCUUACAUAAUCUAAUCAAAAGCUCACGCUUAACGUCAUGAAUUUCGCCGGUAAAGUUGUACUCAUUACGGGAGCCAGUUCCGGGAUAGGCGCUGCCACAGCCGUCAAAUUUGCCAAAUACGGCGCUUGUUUGGCUCUCAAUGGACGCAAUGCAGAUAACCUUAAGCAGGUGGCGGAGCAAUGCAGUGCAGCUGGUGCCGCCGCACCAACGCUCGUUAUCGGCGAUGUCAGCAAGGAAGCAGAUACGGAGCGUGUGUGGCAGCAAACACUCCAGAAAUAUGGAAAAUUGGAUGUGCUAAUCAAUAAUGCAGGCAUUCUAGAAUCGGGAACCAUUGAGAACACCAGCCUGGAACAGUACGAUCGCGUGAUGAACACCAAUCUACGUGCCAUCUAUCAACUGACCAUGCUGGCCACACCAGAGCUCAUUAAGACCAAGGGCAACAUUGUUAAUGUAUCGAGUGUGAACGGGAUUCGCUCCUUUCCCGGUGUACUCGCCUACAAUAUCUCCAAAAUGGGUGUUGAUCAGUUGACACGCUGCGUAGCCCUGGAACUGGCUGCCAAAGGCGUGCGUGCCAAUUGCGUCAAUCCCGGCGUGACGGUCACAAAUCUUCACAAACGGGGCGGCAUGGAUGAGACGACAUACCAGAAGUUCCUGGAGCACUCGAAAAACACGCAUGCUCUGGGUCGACCCGGCACGACGGAUGAGGUGGCUAAUGCGAUAGCGUUUCUGGCCAGCGACCUGGCUAGCUUCACCACGGGUCUCAGCUUGGCUGUGGACGGCGGUCGCCAUGCCAUGUGCCCGCGUUAACCACGAAAAACACGGGACGAAAAUUCAAAUUUUAUGCAUUUAUUGUGUGAUCGUCUAAUAAAGAUGUCUAAACGAAAA